AUGCAGGAACACACCGAGCGAUCGGCCCAGGGACCGCAGGCCCAAUUCCAGCCUGGUCACAAGGUCCCCAUUCAGCAUCAGCAACAACCGGGUCUCCAGGCCCAGAUGGCUGGUCCUAAGCCGACCUCUACGCAGGUUCCGACCGAAGACAACGGGUACCAGACAUACAAAGCGGCGAACAAACUAGAAGGCAAAAGGGCGAUCAUCACAGGUGGUGACUCAGGAAUUGGCCGAGCGAUCGCUAUCCUCUACGCUCUAGAAGGUGCUUCGAGUCUGAUUGUGUAUCUUCCCGAGGAAGAGAAGGAUGCGCAGGAGACCAAGAAGCGAGUUGAAGAAGCAGGUCGCCAAUGUCACCUAUUGGCAAUUGACCUACGGAAGAAGGAAAAUUGCCAAAAGGUGGUUGAGCAUGCUUUGAAAACUCUUGGAGGCAUUGAUAUUUUGGUGAACAACGCGGCCUAUCAGAACAUGGUCCCGGAUAUUCAUGAUUUGUCUGAGGACCAAUGGGAACAUACUUUUGAUGUGAACAUCCAUCCCUACUUCUACUUGUCGAAAUACGCCCUCCCUCAUCUGCACAAUGGCUCAGCCAUCAUCAACUGUGCCUCCAUCAACGCGUAUAUCGGUCGGCCCGACCUCCUAGACUACACGUCCACCAAGGGAGCCAUCAUCUCUUUCACGCGAGGUCUCUCGAACCAAGUAAUCAGCAAAGGAAUUCGCGUCAACGCUGUCUGCCCCGGCCCAGUAUGGACCCCUCUUAUUCCAGCGACGAUGACUUCGGAGGCCAUGGAGCAAUUCCAUGGAGUUCCUAUGGGUCGUCCAGGUCAGCCAAGUGAGAUCGCCACUUGCUUUGUGUUCUUGGCCAGUCAAGACAGUAGCUAUAUCUCUGGACAGAGUUUGCAUCCCAAUGGCGGAGUGGUUGUCAACGGAUAG